AUGAUGCUGUCUUUUCGUCAAGAUUCUAGUUAUUGGUGUUUGGAUGACAUUUCAGUCACGUACAAUGGGGUACAGCUGUGGCAAGAUGGUGGUUUUGAAGCGAGUCCAUUAACUUCAUAUUAUACUUACUGUAAUCUGAAUGGAGCUAGUAGUGAUAACGGUGCUAUAUCAACCAAAUGUGUUAAUUCAGGUAGCUAUUGUUAUCACGAUGGCUCAUAUACAUAUUCGGAUUAUCUCAGUCAAGCGUUUACAACAGUAAUCAGUGGAAGUUAUAACAUUAGUUUUUGGUUAGCCAACCAAGGUGGCACUCCGAAUAGUGCCCUGGUGAUCAUUGGUUAA